AUGGCAUCUGUUGCCUCGAUUCCAAAAGAUUUUGAAGAAGAAGUGCAAAAAGCACGUGAAUACUAUAUGUAUGGAGAUUAUACUAAAGGUAUAACAUUUUAUAAAUUAGCUAUUGAGAAACUUCGACGUUAUUGUCAAACAAUAUUCGAGGCAGCUGAGAAAAAACACGGUCAAGAAUGCCUAGCAGAACUUGAACGAGAACUGCAAUCGACAAUAGAACAUGAACGAAUGAUUGGCGAAAUUCAUGAAAAUUUAUUAGGAAAAUUUAUCGACAGUGGACGACGUGUCAGUAAUGAUGCUUAUAAUGAUUUGCGUGACGCAGAUAAUUUUUAUAAUGCAAUUAUUGAUGAACGUCCGACACGUGAUUUAGGUUUUAAUAAUAAUAAUAAUAAUCGGAAUCUUCCAUAUGGUGCCACUCCAUUUCAAACACCAGCUGCGCGCUUUCAAGAGCCUCGUCGCGAUGUUAGAUCAACAAACAAUAGUAAUAAUAAUAAUAAUAAUAAUAAUAUGAAAGCUAGAAAAGCUGCUUCGAGUCUUCCCGAUAAUAAACAAAAGCAACAUGAUAAUAAGCGUGUUAAUAAUCAACCAAAUGCAGGAGAGAAAAGAUAUCAACCAACUAAUGCAGAAAAGGAUUUAGUUGAAGGAUUAGAACGUGACAUUGUUCAAAAAGAUCCUAAUGUUCGAUGGUCGGAUGUUGCAGGUUGUAUUGCAGCAAAAAAACUACUGCAAGAAGCUGUUGUGUUACCACUCUAUAUGCCAGAUUUUUUUAAAGGUAUUCGUCGACCAUGGAAGGGCAUACUCUUAUUUGGCCCACCUGGUACAGGAAAAACGAUGUUAGCUAAAGCUGUAGCCACCGAAUGUAAAACAACAUUUUUCAAUGUCGCCGCAGCAAAUCUAACAUCUAAAUAUCAUGGCGAAGGCGAAAAAUUAGUUCGUCUACUGUUUGAAUUAGCGAAAUUCUAUGCACCAUCAACUGUAUUUAUUGAUGAAAUCGAUUCGUUAUGUUCGUCACGCGGUCAAAGCAAUGAACAUGAAGCUAGUCGACGUGCUAAAUCAGAGCUAUUGAUUCAAAUGGAUGGAGUAUCGGGCGCAUUAGGAAAUGAUGAUCCAUCAAAAAUGGUUAUGGUACUAGGUGCAACGAAUCACCCGUGGGACCUUGAUGAUGCUAUGCGUCGACGAUUAGAGAAACGUAUCUACAUUCCUUUACCAGAUCUUGAAACAAGAAAACAAUUACUCGAAAUCAAUUUAAAAGAAGUUCCACUUGAUACAGAUGUUAAUUUAGAUCUGACUGCCGGGAAACUUGAAGGAUAUUCCGGUUCAGAUAUAACAAGUGUUUGUCGAGAUGCUGCAAUGAUGCAAAUGCGUCGUGUCACUGAAAAUUUAAGUAUGAGUGAAAUACAAAAUAUAGCUCAAAAUUUAAAAGAACAAUUAUUAUUACCAACCAAAAUGGAAGAUUUUACGAAUGCUAUUUCGAAAAUCUCAUCAUCAGUUUCAAAAGAAAUGCUUGAGAAAUAUGAUAAAUGGAUGAAAGAUUUUGGCUCCGUUUAA